AUGAACGUCCAAUUCAUUAACAAGGGUGCUUCUCAAGGCGACAGUAGUCCGCAAACUCAUUCUCAUGACGGAGGAGCCACAUCCCAUUCUCAUGGCCACGGUCUGAACGAACACGGACACACCCAUGAACACUUGGAGCAUCCCGGAAAGUAUGCCGAGCGAGACCUUCCAGAUUACUCGUCCCGUAACUUUGAAGAACGCGGAUUCACGGUUGGAAUUGGAGGCCCUGUUGGAUCAGGAAAAACUGCAUUAGCUCUCGCACUUUGUCAGAAGCUAAGAGACUCUUACAACAUUGCUACCGUGACCAACGACAUCUUCACCAAAGAGGACCAGGAGUUUUUGAUCAAGAACAAAGCUUUACCGCCGUCCCGAAUUCUGGCCAUUGAAACCGGAGGAUGCCCCCAUGCUGCGAUCCGUGAGGACAUCAGUGCCAACAUGGGUGCUCUUGAAACCCUUCAAGCAAAGUUCAAUUGUCAGAUCCUUUUCGUAGAGAGCGGGGGAGAUAACCUCGCCGCUAACUACUCUCGGGAGUUGGCAGACUACAUCAUAUAUGUGAUUGACGUCUCGGGCGGGGACAAGAUCCCUCGGAAAGGUGGUCCUGGGAUCUCUCAGUCUGACUUGCUCGUGAUUGAUCUCGCCCCUUACGUCGGCGCUUCCUUGGAGGUCAUGGAGCGCGAUUCCAAACUCAUGCGUGGAGAGGGGCCGACUGUGUUCACCAGCAUGAAAGAAGACAAGGGAAUAGACGAUGUCGUAUCGCUGAUUCUCGCUGCUUGGAAAUCGGCUGGUAGCCCAGGGAAACCUGGCCCUGUUGGUAAUUAA